ACUGAGUUACGAGGGUACUUGAACGAAGUUCCUUCUCUUAAAAAACAACAAACAAACACAUUGGAUCAUUUAUGUGUUUCUGCACAUUUCUAAUUCAAAUGCUCAAGUGUAUUGUUUUUUUUUGUAAUAUCCUGAGAGUUUAUGGGACUGGGUCGAGAACGGCGACGCGCGGAGGACGUUAGCUGGUGGGUGGCUAUGCUAACAGGAUGGAUGCGCUGAGCGGAGUUGUGGAUGAAGUAGCUCUAGAGGGUCUGGAUGGGAUCACGAUCCCCUCUCUGUGGAUACGACUGGAAGAUAGAACACCCAAGUUCCCCCUCCAGCUGGAUCCAUACACCAAAGACUACAUCUGGAAAUCACUCGUAUGCAACAAUGACUUAGAGUUCUAUGAGCUCCCAGAGGAGAGAGACGACGUUGUGCUGUUUGACAGGUUCAAAUGCAUAGAUCCAGACACAGGCACUGAGACAUUUUCUGGCACAAAGAAAGACAUCUAUCCCAUUCACAUUGUAGGAGAGAACAAGAAUGGGAUACAAGGUUCGUGUGCCUUCUUCAAAGAGAGGAAAAACAUCACUCAACAUGUUCGAUCCAAAUCCCUCACCAAUCUGGUCAACUUGGAGGAAGCUUUGCAAAGGUACGACCGAAAGCUUGUUGUCGUGGCAUCUCAGGCGCUGAGAUUUCGUUGUCUGAUUGGUCCUGAGAGUGAUCCCAGUUUGAAAAUUCCUGACGAACCUUACUGUAUUUUGGAGCGAAUUGGGCGAGCACGCUGGCAAGGAGAGCUGCAAACAGAUUUACAUGGACUUUGUUUCAAGACAGAUGCUCGAAAGUUUCACUAUUUGAAGAAAGGACUCGUCAAAAAUGGUCUUCUUAAAGUGCAGUCUCAUGUCAGACGGCAGGAUGGAAAGCCGCAGCAGCACACAGUUCUUCUGCUGCUCAACCGUUUCAACGUAAUCAGGAGGAGUAAGUACGACAUAUUGAUGGAGUGCUUAUCUAGCUUUCUGCAGCAGGCCCCCGAACAGACUGUGACCACGAGGAAAGUCCGUGAACACCUCAACGUGAAUGAGCGAACUCUCAGGCGUAUGUGUGAACACAUGCGAGGGGGCAAGUUCAUUGAGGUGAUCCGUUGCCCUCUGGAGGAAUUGGAUCCAAGUGCAGGACCACAAAAGAACAAAAAAGGGGAUCAAGUCCAAGUGUCCUGUUUGAAACUGCGAAAGCCAUAUAAAGGAAAAGCCAUAGUUGAGGAUGACGAUGAUGAGGAAGAGGAAGAGGAAACUGGAAUAAGACCAAAGGGGCGAAUAAUGGAGAGAGAUAUGAUUGCACAGUCGUAUGAUGUUGUUGUGUCUUCUGGCACUAAGGGAAUCUCACAGCGUGCUCUAGGGAGCAGAAUGAACGUUGGUAAACUGGAGUUCCGUAUGCUCUGCCGAAAGUUGGAAAGGGAUGGUGCAGUUAAAGCAUUCAUGGAAGAUGUAGGCCGUCAGAGGACUACAAAAUAUAUCAGCCACAGGUGUGUGGGUGCGAGUAACCACCUGCAAAUGUUUGCUAAGGAGCAAGAACGCAAAGACCUCUUCACUUCUGCACCACAAACAUUCGACACUUUGCCCACCUCCCCUGAAACACCAACACCUUCACAGUCUUUGGUGCAUAAAAGCACUGAAUCUUUAGACAAUGAGCUUCAGAAAGAUGGAAUUGGAGAUGCAGAAGAUGGACAGACAUGUGGUAAUGGAGAACCUAGUGUUGAAUGCUUGACUGUAGACAAAGUAAUGGCUAAAGUGGUAAGAAAAACACCAGGGAAGGAAGGCUGUGUAAAAACCAAACAGGCAAAAUGUGAGAAGACCGGCACACAUCUUACACCUCCUGAAGGUGCAACAGGAGCCUUUACCAUACAGGAGGAUAACAGACCAUCAGGCUUAGAGUCAGUUCCUGCAGCCGUUCAUCAGACUGGGGUGCUCAGCACGUCUGCUAAACCAGCAGACGAUGAUGUGGUGGUUAUGGAAGAUGUCCAGCAGGAGGGUACAAGUGGUGAAGCAUCAAGAAGCCAUACGUGCACUCCCAAGCAGGAGAAUGUGACGUACCGCGUCUUGAAACGGAAGAACCUGAUUAUUGAAGCUGUCCGCAACUACAAAAUUAUAGAGAGUCUCUUCCAGUUACAGAAGUUGAUCGGUGAUGCAGAGAAGCAGGAUGGGUACAGCUCAAAGUGCUGCAAGAAGACAAUUCUGCGUCACAUUCAGAGCCUGGCUCGAGAAGGUUUGGUAAAGUUGUACACUACCACAGUCAUACAAGAUGGAAUCAGCAAGAAGGUUGAGAUGGUUGUUCAUCCAUCCAUUCAGCCCAAUGAUGACAUAGUGAAGAAAGCCAUCGAACAAGUCCGCUACAAAAUCACUACCUCCACCUCUUCUGUACAUCAGCAGCAGGCUGAUGACCAAGCCAAAGAACAAAGAAAUGUCGCAGAGGAAAUACGUACCAGCACCAACAAGGCCCAAACGCGCACGCGUGAAAAGAAAGCAGCGAGCAUGAGCGACAGAGCCUUCAACCCCAUACGAGUUCAAGGAAUCAGUAAGACUUUGGGGUUCCAGCCUAAAAUGCAUCGCCUGGGUGUUGUUCAUAGCUUCCUCUGGUAUGUUAUAUACGGGCACCCUCUGAAAGACACCAUCACAGAGCCUCACUCGCCCAGCCAAACACCAGGGGACUCUAAUGAUGGUGAUCCCGCUGAACACUCAGACACGUUUGAAAAAGACGGUGUCUCAAAUACAGGGGGCAGUAACGACACUCACAGCCCCAUCGUCACAGACAGACAACCACAGACGUCUGAAAAUGGCUGCAUGGGCAUUCUGGAUCCACAACCUGCAAAUUCUGCACUUUCUAACAUGGAUACAACAUCACUGGAUGGUGAAGAGGAGAUGCUGAAGGAAGAAUCCAAUACAACUGACUCUCAUCUUUCAAAUUUAAAAGUGUAUUGUGAGGAAGAUUCUUGGAAGAAAUUCAUUCCUCCUCUCCGACCACACAGAGACUGUGGCGACGGCUGGGCUCUUAUUAAUGACCUGAUCGUUUGCCUGCCUCUCUCCAUCUUCCUACAGAUCAUACAGAUCACGUACAAGGUUGACGGACUGGAUGAGUAUCUGAACCACCCUGUGAAGCAGCACUAUCUUCUGAGGGUUCUGCCUGCCAAAAUAAGAAUGCAGCUGUUUCAUAAACGGAAAUACCUCUUCUCUUUUUAUGAGAACUUGCAGAGAUUAGUAUACAUGGGACUGCUGCACUUUGGCCCUGUGGCGAAAUUUCAGGAGAAAGACCAGGGUUUAGUGUACCUGAAGCGCAAUGCCACAGUUGUUGACACCACCAGUGCGGAGCCUCACUAUUGUUUGGUCACAGAGUCACCUGACAAUCCAUUUGUGAGGCGGUAUUACACAUUUAACACUGCUAAAGAUGUGGAAAGCUACUGGUUUGACCUGAUGUGUGUCUGCCUCAAUACACCACUGGGGCUAGUCCGAGGGAAGAGAGGCGAAAGUGAGGAGGAAGCAGACCCUUCCGGUGUGCGUGACCGCUCUGUGUUCCCAGCGUUGGCAUAUCUGUUGAAGGGCAGUAAAGUGGUGUGUGACGAUGGGAGCAUACCAGGAGACGGUAAAGGAGCGGGAGGUCUGGACGCAGAAUUUUUUGCUCAUCUGAAACGGAACUGGUUUUGGACAAGUCACUUACAUGUUGACAAUCCAAAUGAUGCAGUGACAACUGACAUCAAAACUAAACUAAGGACCCGCGUGAGUCAAAGCAAUCUCAAGAACUACUUUAAACCUGGAGAACUAACUUCAUCCAUGUAUGUGACUGCCAAUAAAAUGCAGCUCAGAGAAGAAACUGUUGAGAUGGGUAUAGAGCCCGCUACAAGAAAUCAGCAGGUGGUCGGAGGAAAACGACAAAAGAGGAAAAGAAGCAAAAAGGAGGUGGUCAAGGUCCCACGCAAGAAGAAGAAAGGGCCCAAGAUACGCACCGCUCCCCACGAUGAGGCGGACCACCAAGCUUUGAAGAUGAUGACCAAACGUAGAGUUUCCUGGUCUGUGCAGGAGGAUGCCCUGAUGAUCCUCUGCAGUGUGGCGUCAUACCUACUCAACACCAAGUUAAACAGGCCAUUCAUACCUCACUGCGUGGUAAGAGACCUGCUCCAAGCAGAGUUUGAAAAGUCAUGCGAUAAAACAUCUGUUGCUGUUGGACGCCGAAAGCGCUACAUUCUUAAGAAUCCCCAGACACUUCUGAACUACAGGAUCUGGCUGGCUGAGGUACACCAGGACAAAGCUCUGAUGGAUCUGCUAGAAGAGAAGAAACCUGCCAAUCCAGAUCAAGCAGAAGAUUGUGCUGCAGCAUUAAUUGAAUAUACCAGGCUGCUUAGGCAGAAGUUCAGAUCUUAUGCUGCAGACCCAUGUGACACCAUCAUGCCAGACACAAAACAUCAGAUUGUCUCAAGGUUUAAGGUUUGUGCAAUAGACGAUGGAAAACAGAUGUCAUUCAAAGACUUCAUCAAUAGCACAGCCGACAUUCAUGCCAUCGUGUUGUAUAACUUGAUGCAGAGCUCUCUGGCCAUGACCAAUUAUCAGAUGAAGUCUUGCCGAUCUUUUCAGACCUUCCAUACAUACAGCAAAUAUAGUGAGGAAUUGCUCUUUCAAGUAUUCAUUCAAUGUAGGAAGACGGGUCUGGUCAACCGACGACGUGUGAACGUUAAGGGGCUGCACAAGAAACGAGCCCUACCCAUCCUACCUAUGUCCUACCAGCUGUCCCAGUCGUACUACAGGUGUUUCUCGUGGCGUUUUCCUCGAACACUGUACAAUGAGCUGUUCCGCUUCACGAAGAACCUAACCUGCAGGGCGAUAAGAGACGACAGACCAGUUACUACGUUCUACCAGGAAACCAAGAACAGGACGGAGAAUGGCGAGGAUGUGUUGGAGAGAACAAGCAAAAAGAAGCCAGAGGGAUCGUCAGAAGUGGAAAAGAGUAAGGCCCCAAAGGAAGGAGGGAAAGACCAGGGAGGAGAAGAGAAGCAGAAAGAGCUGAAUCGAGAAAAUGGAGACGAUAUUGCCGGCGGUUCCGACGUCACUCAAUCUGCCAGAGAGCAGAUCAGUGAUCAUCUCACCCACAAUGAAGAGGAUCCAGGGGUGACUUCAUGUGAAGUUCCAGAGGUGUAUCCAGACGUGUCGGACAUGCUGAGGUACUCUCUGGACUCUUUAGGGGGAUCGUGUGUGGCCGUUCUCAGCCUGAUGACUCUGGGACUGCUGUCUGUGCACGUGUCCAUACCCAAACAGAUUGUGGUGGUGGAUAGCACCUUAGUGGAUGACACAGUCAAGAGUGGUAUGGCAGCGCUGGAGGAAGAUGAUGAUGAUGAUGAUGAUGGCGGCGAGGAGUGUGAGGGGAGAAAGAGGAUGGAAGUGAAGUCACAUCAAGCAUCACACACAAAGUACCUGAUGAUGCGUGGAUACUGCUGUCCCGGCAUAGUAAAAAUGCGUGACCUCAACACCAAUGAUAACAUUGUGGUAGAUUCCUGUAUGAUGAAGCUGCAGCUACGCAGCACACGUGCACACAACUUGUUCAGUGUGGACGAUUUUUCACCACUGGCCCUGUUGGAGUGUGGUCCAUCUGUGGUGCCGUCCUUGUUAACGUUCUCCAUUCACAGCCGCUCCUCCGCUGCACGCAGUGAGGAGCUGAGCGAGCAGCGUCUCCUUGAUCAAAGAGGCUACUCGCCUGAGGACGUGGAAGCAUGUGCUCUGCUGAGGAGUAGCUUAGAGGAGGCUGGCGAAAAAGGCGCGGAUGUGGCCGACUUCUGCCAGGUGCACAGAUGCCUGGUGGAGCCGCAGCCUGGACACACUCGGAGCCUGCGGCAGUACAUGCAGGAUUUAGAAGAAGAUGGUCAAGUGUUACGCGUCGGGGUUGGCGUGCGCUGGGUGCUCUUGAAGCACGCCGACCCGUGGCUUGUGACUGUAAACCCCGGCUCUGGUCCAGGUUAUGCUAACACAGAUGGACGUCCUGUUGUCAAGAAUCUGCACAAAAUUCCCUUCCAGCGCAAGAGAUUCCGGAGAGUCCAACCAGACCUGGAGGAGCCACCAGCAAAAAAAGUGGCUGGAGACAGAGAAGAAAUGGACGAAUUUCCAAGUGAAUCCAUAGGAAAUGAUGAGAGUAGAGACAAAGUAUUGGAAAGAUGGCAGACGCCUGGGAAUGAAGGAAAGGAGGUGGCGGCACAGGAGACAUCAGAAACUGUGGAAAAACACCAUGAAGUGAGUGAACAGGGAGUGAAAGAAGACAAGGUGGAGCAUGAUGGAGAUAAGGAGGUGUGCCCGCCUCAUGCAGCACCAGCUGAUCCUGAUGAUGAGGAAAGUUUGAGUUUCAUCAGCCGCCCGUGGCGUAUGGUUGACGGCAUGCUGAACCGGCAGGUGUGUAAGGGCAUGCUGGAGGGUGUUCUUUUCCACAUCAUGUCCCUUCCUGGUCUCACACAGCGGAGUCUGAUGGAGCAUUACAGAGACGUGCUACAGCCAGUGGUCAUUCUAGACCUUGUGCAGGCUCUUAUAGAACUGGGCUGUGUGAAGAAGAAAACACUGGUUAAAAGUCCUAAACCCUCACUGUUCUCCCGCUCUGUGCGUCUGCCACGGUGCGAGGCAGAAGCGAUGAUGGAGCAGCCAGAUGCCGUGUUCUACGAGCCCACCAUCAGCUGCUGCGUGCGACUCGCUUUGGUCUUACCCAACGAACGUCACUGGAACCACUCAGUGUGAAUUCCUUCACGACCCUC